AUGAGCGGGGCAGGGGUGGCGGCCGGGGCACGGCCCCUCAGCUCCGCGGCCCCAGGCUCCCGGAGUGCGACCCGCCCACGCCCGCGCCCUCCUGUCGGCCUGCAGCACGCGGGGACGCAGCCGGCUACGCUCGGGCUCAGCGAGGCACAGAAGCGGAUCCUGGACCUGGAGAAGAGCCUGCAGUUCCUACAGCAGCAGCACUCGGAGACGCUGUUCAAACUCCACGAGGAGAUCGAGCACCUGAAGCGGGAGAACAAGGAUCUCCACUACAAACUAAUCAUGAACGAGAAGCCUCAGAAAAAAGGCAGUCUCUCUACAUCCAGUCUUCAGUCCAACAAGUCUGCCUCCAACUCCACAGCAUCCGCCAACUCUCAAGGCAAGACCAGGCCCCAGCCCAGCUCCUUCAAGAAACAAGAGCUGAAGUCUGACGCCCUCCAAAAGACAGAGCUGGAAGAGCAGUCACUCAGCAGUGCUGCCCUGUUCCACAGCAGCAAGCUGGACAGAGCCUCUGGGGUGCAGGGACAGGCCAACUACAGCACCUCAAGUCACUCCUGGAAGGGAACCAAAGGCCCAAAGCUGCAGCUGAGGAGGAGGUGUGGGCAUCAUGGCUAA